CAAUAGAAGGGGUCCCAAAACCUUAUCACUGUGCUUGGUGAUGGUUUGAGAAAAGGGGUACAGAAAAAGUGGGGUCAGCUCAAGGGUAGGAAAGGUUCAAAGCCUUGAGGGAAGCUUUCAUUGUCUCUCUUUCUUUUAUAGUCAAAUCAAAAGCCCUCCCUCUCCCUUUCUCUCUAAUAUAAAUAUAUUUAUGCAUAUACAAAAUGCGGUCCAUGUUAUAAUAUUAUCAGCAGAAGCCAGAAAGUGAGCUCAAAGCCAUAUUAUAGCGGGAAGCUGAGAAAGCCACCAUCUUUAACAAUUGCAAUACAUAUAUAUAAGUUAAAGAAAAUAGUUUGGGCAAUCAAAGGUAUCAAACCAAAUCUCAGCCAACCCCACUUCCGUGCUCGCAGGUGGGGCUUUUCGUAGUGGUAUGCAUCAUUGGCAAGAGUCUGCGGAUUUUCAAGCUAUCUGAAAGUGAACUGUAUUUGUGUGUUUAAUGGGCUGCUAUUGCUCUAAGAAAGCUAAAAGCCCAGGGCAUGAGGAUCCUACCAUUCUUGCUGCUGAAACACCUUGUGAGUAUGCAUCUUGACACUGUUACUGUCAGUGAAGUAGACGCCUUAUAUGAGCUUUUUAAGAAAUUGAGCAGUUCAAUAAUUGAUGAUGGCCUCAUUCACAAGCAGGAAGAAUUCCAGUUUGCACUUUUCAGGAAUAAAAAUAAAAGAAAUCUCUUUGCAGACAGGAUUUUUGAUGUAUUUGAUGUGAAGCGCAAUGGGGUUAUCGAGUUUGGAGAAUUUGUUCGAUCAUUGGGUGUCUUUCAUCCGAAUGCGCCUAUAGAGGACAAAAUCACAUUUGCUUUUAAACUGUAUGACCUGAGGCAAACGGGAUAUAUUGAGCGAGAGGAGUUGAAGGAGAUGGUAUUGGCACUUUUGCAUGAAUCAGAUUUGGUACUUUCUGAUGAUGUCGUUGAAACAAUCGUGGAUAAGACAUUUGGUGAAGCGGAUGCAAAAGGUGAUGGAAGAAUUGAUCAAGAAGAGUGGAAGGAUUUUGUCUUGAAGAAUCCAUCUCUGAUUAAAAACAUGACCCUGCCAUAUUUAAAGGAUAUAACCCUAACAUUUCCAAGCUUUGUGGUAAGUUCUGAAGUUGAAGAUUCAGAACUAUAAGACCUAGAACUCCAUAAAAAAUGUAUCAAAGAUGGCAUGUCCCAUGAUGGUGAAAUAUUUUGGAUUAACUUUUCUACAAUGGAAUGCGGAUUUUUGGAACGUUAUCGUCUUUAACCACAGUUCAAGAACUAGAAGAAGAAGAAGAGUUUGCAAUCCCAUGAAGGACAGCCAACAACUAAGACUCCCUUUGCCAUCUUC